AUGACGGGUGGGACCUUCUACGUGCGGGGCCCGACAGUCAGAGGUAGGCAGAUCGAACGAGCUCCCAAUCCCGUGCGCUCGCCUCCCCUCCUCUCCUCCUCAAUCCCGUGCGCUCCCCAAGCCGCCGCCACGAUAGACCACGAGCCGCCACCGUCGCCGUGCCUUGCCCCCUCGCGCCUCCUCCUCUGCGACUCCGAGCCGCCGCCAUCGCGCAUCUCCGCCUCAACCCACCCAACGCUGCGCUGGGACGGAGGUGGAGGAGCACGGAUUCGGAAGAGGCGUGCGCUCGUCUGCGCCCUCGAUUUCUUCCAGCGGCGGCUGCCCGCGUGCCCUCGAUUUCGUCCAACUGCGGCUGGCCGCGCGCUGGCGGCGAAAGGCGGCAACCGAGCGGUGGUGGCGGCGCUCGCCCUCGAUUUCGUCCGAGCGUCCAGCGGCGGCGGAAGGGAGCAGAAGAGGCGCGCCGGCGGCGGAAGGCAGCAAUCGAGCGAUGGUGGCGGCGGCUGGACCGUGCGUGCCCUCGAUUUCUUCCUCGGCACUCCUGGAGUGGAGAUGCUCUCAGUCGCUUCCAUAGUAGGUCGCCUCGCCUCGCCUAGCUGCACACCCUCGGUCGACUCCCGGCGUCGCGCGCUUGUCCACCACGCCCUAAGCCCGCUCCAGCCUCCAGCCUUGAUGUUGAUGAAAUUGAAAAGAUAAUUUAUAUUGAUGUGAGAGUUCUCAGAGGAGGAGGAAAAAACAGUUUCCCUAUUGCUGCUCUGUUGAUGUUUUUCAGAAGGUUGGUCUUGUUCUUGGACCUGAUUUUGUAUGCUGCUUG